AUGGAUAAUAAAGAGACUCAACACGCUACACUAUCGGUAGAACAUGCUCGUGAGUUGCAGAACGAAAUACAAGAAUUAUUUGCACAAUUGCAGGAUAUGAAUUCCCAGAUUCGCAGCGACCUCAACGAGUUCGAAGAAAUAAAGGAAUCCUCGUCAAUAGCGAACUCAACCACGAACAGUACAUAA